GCAGGAAAUACACUUGUGAGAAACUUCGCUGUGAACGAGUAGCGAUAUCUGACACAGCACGUGCACAACAGUCACUGACAACCCAUUCUGGCCUGACUGUCGCCGUACUCACGUACAGUUAGACGUAUCUCAACGCGUAAGAUUGAAGGAGAACAGACUCACAAAAGACCGAGAGAGAGAGGAGUGAGUAUGCACGCCCACACAAUCUUCGUGGCCCUUUUGGCCCUCUCUGCCACCGCCCACGCCCACGCUCUACCCCUGGCACCCGAGAACGAGGAUAUGAACCCCACGUCCUACACCGAGGAGGAGAUCAACGAGGAUGAGGACAUCUAUGACUACAACAGGUACGAGGACGAGCGCGAGGAGCACCAACACCGGAGGACCAACGACGACCCGUCUUCUUUCCCCGCGACAGUCAACCACGACCCCCUGGCCGACCCCGCGAAUGUUACUGAGGAGGAGGGCAACCUCAACAGCGCUCGUGACCUGGCUCGCCUCAGCAUCAUGGACAGGCUGCUCAUUGCCCUCGGGCCGGCCUUCAGCGAGAAGCUUCCCAAGGCGCCCUCCAACGACACCCUCGCCACCGUGCCCACGCCCAUCAACAUCACCGCAGAGCCGUGCCCAUACAAAUAUAAGAGAUGCUCCUCGCAGACGUUCUUCCCUUCGUGCGACAUCCCCCGCAACACCGACCCCGCCGUGUGGCCGCAGAAGUUCAACCUGUUCUUCAACCUCUCGACCGACUUCGACAACAAGCUGGACGUGAUCAACGCCACGCUCCGCCUCUUCAAGAACAGCACCGUGCCCUUCAACUCCCCCCAGACCUUCCUCGUCAACGUCUUCGCCUACACACGCAGCCUCACGCGCAGACGAGCCAAGAUACAGCUGGUGGCCGACGCUCAGGUGUCCAGCGACUACAUCGGCUGGGUGUCGCUGUCCGUGGACCGGAUGGUGCGCCGCUGGAAGAAGCAGAGGAACAACCACGGCCUCCUGGUGACCGUGACCGACUCCGAUCAGACCUCGUGGGACGCCCCCAAGCUCUUCGUGAUCAUGGACUGCGCCUCCGGUAAUACCAGUGCGUACCGCCAUCGCUUCUGCUGUUCCCGCUUCUACUUCGCUCUCCUUUCUCUGUUCUCCCUCGUCUCUCUCUCGUCAGUGGAUACACUCACUCUGUAGUUCUGGUCUUCGAA